GCGCUAUACAAUCACACACAUAUACAGGCUGGAGCAAAUACUAUGCUAGUUCUGCUGUUGAUAGAAAUACAUCAUCGUGUAUGAGAACAAUGGAAAUAGGACAGAACGCCAUACAAAGGACUGUUUGGUGGAAAGUGGAUCUUGGUAGAGAGUACAGCAUUUACAGUAUUAGCAUACUAUUCAAGAAUUACAACGGUUACGAGAACAGACAACGUGGACGUUUUGCUGGAUUCUCUCUGUAUGUAUCUACCACUGGUGAUAUACAGGGUUCCUCUCUGUGUUACAAGGACGGACUACAGUUACCACCUCUGAACUUCACAACAACUUGUCCUAAAUAUGGACGUUACGUUAUCUUUUACAACGAAAGAUUAGACGGUGUUGCUUACCCUAAGGAAUAUGAAGUUGUCAGUGUUUACACUGAACUGUGUGAAGUUAUCGUCACAGGUUGUGAUCCACAUGUAUAUGGCAGUAGUUGUAACAAAUCAUGUCCGAUCAAUUGUAAAAACAUGUGCCACAUACAGUAUGGAGCUUGUUUUGCCUGCAUGACUGGAUGGAGUGGGACAUUUUGCAAUAAGACAUGCAUAGAAAGCUGGUACGGUGUCAACUGUAGUCAACAGUGUAAAGGACACUGUAGAGGCGGUGUGACUUGUAAUCACGUGACUGGUCUGUGUGUCAGAGGCUGUGCACCUGGAUGGACAGCAUUUAAUUGUGAUAAAGAAUGUGCUGACGGUACCUAUGGUUAUGAUUGUGUCAACAACUGUAGUGGUCACUGUCUGAAUGGUUCUCUGUGUAACAAACAGACUGGUCACUGUGACAAGGGGUGUGAUCCGGGAUAUACCAAGAGCGACUGUAGCAGAGAAUGUGUCAAAUCUUAUGGUGAAAACUGCAAACAUCCCUGCAGUCAGCAUUGUAUCAACCAGACAUGUGAUAGAUUUACUGGAAAAUGUUCCUCCUGGUGUCACGAGGGUUUUUAUGGAGAAAAGUGUACUAAAGAAAGUCAACAGAGAAAUCAAUAUGCAGAGAAUGUUACAGCCUGGAUAGCUGCAUUUUCCAUAGUCCUUUUCAUUGUAGUGCUUCUCAUUACGGGCGGCAUUCUUUUCUUUUGGAUAUUUUAUAAAAGACUGUUUCACGGUGAUAUACGCUUGUGCUGGAAAUCUUUGUUCCAAUCCAACACAAAAACAUCAACUACAACUGACAAAGCUGACUAUAAAGAACCAAGCCCUAAUACCAAUACCAACUACCAAGAAUUAAACCCUAAUACAGUUUAUCAAGAACUAAACCCAAACACCAACUACCAAGCACUCAAACUACCAAAUGUUGACGAAAAUGAGUAUCAAAACACAACACUUUGA